CCGUAGUCUUCUCGGCAUGGCGAGCGCCUCAGUUGAUAGCUGAGCGGCGUUGAGCACACAACUGCUUAGAGGAGCAGCGGACCAACUUGAUUAAGCAAACAUGAACGCACAUUUGAGACACUUGGCGAGACCGUUGCAGCAGGCGCUGCGCGCAGGUAACAGGCAGCAGUCACAGCUGCGCAGCGUCUCCUACCUGAUAGACAAACCGGAGUAUAGUUUUUUGAAGGACUUGGGUCUGCAGCGUGAGAAUCCCGGUGUGUACUCUGGUAAAUGGCAAGGCAAGGGCAAGACCAUCACCAGCUAUGAUCCAGGCACUGGUCAGGCUAUUGCUACAGUGCGUCAGGGCAAUGUGCAGGAACUGGACCAGACUAUUGCUCUGGCUGUGGACGCUUACAAGGAGUGGAGCAAGGUGCCCGCGCCUGUGCGUGGUGAGAUCGUGCGGCAAAUUGGCGAUGAGCUGCGCAAGUAUAAGGAGCCGCUGGGCAAGCUCGUCUCCCUGGAGGUGGGCAAGAUCUACAGUGAAGGUCAGGGCGAGGUGCAGGAGUUUAUUGACAUUUGUGACUAUGCGGUAGGCCUGUCCCGCAUCUAUGCUGGCCAGCUCAUCAAUUCGGAACGCGCUGAACAUACCAUAUUGGAGGCUUGGCGUCCGCUUGGUCUGGUCGGUGUUAUCUCCGCGUAUAACUUCCCUAAUGCUGUAUUUGGCUGGAACGCCGCCAUUGCCUUGACCACCGGCAAUAGUGUGCUCUGGAAGGGAGCCUCUAGCACGCCGCUGGUCUCUGUGGCCACCACCAAGAUUGUAGCCGAUGUGCUGCAGCGCAAUAACUUGCCACCCGUUGUUAGUCUUUGCCAAGGCGGCUCCGAUGUGGGUGCCGCCAUGGUUGGAGACAAGCGCGUCAAUCUGCUGAGCUUCACGGGCAGCACACAAACCGGACGUAAUGUGGGCGUUGAAGUGCAGCGCCGCUUUGGUAAAGUCAUACUGGAACUGGGCGGCAACAACGCAUUGAUCAUUGAUGAGUCGGCCAACAUGAAGAUGGCCUUGGAUGCUGCGCUCUUCGGUUGCAUCGGCACCAGCGGUCAACGCUGCACCACCACCAGACGCAUCAUAGUGCACGAGAAGCUGCAUGAUAGCUUCGUCUCCGCCCUGACGGCCAAGUAUGCGCAGCUGCUGCCACGCAUUGGACACCAGCUGGAGCCACAAACACUUGUGGGACCUGUGCACACGCAGAGCAACAUUGACGCCUUUAAGUCAACCGUUGACGAGGCUAAGAUGCUGGGCGGCAAGGUGGCCUUCGGUGGAAAUGUGCUGAAGCGCGAUGGACAUUAUGUGGAGCCCACUGUUAUUACAGGUCUAUCGCAUGACGCCGAUGUAGUGCACCGUGAGACGUUUGCGCCCAUUGUCUAUGUGCUGAAGGCCAAGAGCGUGGAUGAAGCUAUUGCUUGGAACAAUGAGGUUGAGCAGGGCUUGUCCUCGGCCAUCUUUACUGAGAACAUGCAGCAAGCCUUCAAAUGGAUUGGCGCACAGGGCUCCGACUGCGGCAUUGUCAACAUAAAUACGACCACAAAUGGCGCUGAGAUUGGCGGCGCCUUUGGUGGCGAGAAGGCUACAGGUGGCGGCCGCGAAUCCGGCUCCGAUUCCUGGAAGCAGUACUGCAAGCGCGCCACCAUCACAGUCAAUCACUCCGGUGAGCUGGCGUGUGCUCAGGGCGUCGUCUUUAACGUGGAGUAAAUCUUAAUAUUAUUAAUAGAAAGUUGUUGUUUAAUUUGGACUUCUUAAUUGUAUUGCUAAAAAUAAAACUAUGAAAAUGCACGUAUUAUC